UUCGCGUUGUCGUGCACCGUUUUUGCUCGUCUCGUCCCUUGUCCCCGUGCCGAUUGACGACCGCAAAUUCGUGUUUUUCGUGUAGAAUCUCAUGAAGUCUGAUCUGCAUUAUUAAGUGUGAUGUUCUACUACGGAAGACUCUCCUCAAAUUAAACCGACAGCUCUCCGGGACGUGAAAAUUUCUCCACCGCGGAUAUGAAUCCAGCAAAAGAGAAUUUCCCAUCCCCAUUUCCUGGUGGACCGCCUGCCCUGCCACCAGGAGCGCCCAUGGGUUUUGGAGGUGGGCCCCCACCUGCGUUCAUUCCACCACCAGGACUGCCCCCACCUGGGCUCCCUGCAGGGCCCCCUGGAUUUGGAGUGCCUCCGCCUGCAUUUGGAUUUCCUCAUGAACCGUUGCUCCCAAAUGGUUCUCCAAUUCCGGUGCCGCCAGAGCUAGCAAAAUCAUCAAUCUUAACACCUCUCAGCGAGAAAAACGGAGAAGUAGAUAUUAAGAAAAGUGACUGGAGUGAGCACACUGCACCUGGAGGAAGAGUGUACUAUUAUAAUUCCGUGACAAAGCAAAGUCUGUGGGAAAAACCUGAAGAACUCAAGACACCAGCAGAGCUGUUACUCUCGAAGUGCCCUUGGAAGGAAUAUCAGUCGGACACGGGGAAAGUGUACUUUCAUAAUGUUAAUACUAAAGAGUCUCGUUGGACUAUUCCCGAGGAACUUGAUGAGCUGAAGCAAAAAAUACUCGCUGAUGGCUUGGACUUGCCAACCACCAAUUUUCAAAGCUCAUCGGCUGUCAACUCUCCGAUUCCUAUUCCCACAGGUCCUAUGACACAGCUCACACCCCCUGUGUCCUCUUCCUCAGCCUUAGACCAAGCUAUGGCAGCCACCCUUGCUGCUAUUAGUGCUCCCUCUUCACUCAAAGACGAGGACAGUAAUCCAGGCUCAGCAUCAGCCAGCCGAAAUGGAACUCCAGAGCCGAAACUAGUUUUUAAAGAUAAAAAAGAAGCAAUCGAAGCAUUUAAGGACUUAUUGAAGGAAAAGGAUGUGCCUAGCAACGCAACAUGGGAACAAGCUGUGAAAAUGAUCUCAAGAGACCCUCGUUAUCCUCAGCUGAAACAACUUAAUGAGAAGAAGCAGGCAUUCAAUGCCUAUAAGACGCAAAAACUGAAAGAGGAACGAGAGGAGCAACGACUACGUGCCAAAAAGGCAAAAGAAGAUCUUGAAGAAUUUCUCAUGACAACUGACAAGAUUAAUUCUAGCACACGGUACUACAAAUGUAUGGAGCUGUUUGAUGAUUUAGAGGUGUGGAAAAAUGUCAACGACUCCGAACGGCGAGACAUCUUCGAAGAUGUCAUGUUCAAUCUAGCCAAACGGGAAAAAGAGGAAGCAAAAGCUAGAAAGAAAAGUAAUAUGAAACAAUUAGCAUCGAUUCUGGAUUCAAUGACUCAAAUUGAAGCUUUAACAACGUGGCAGGAAGCGCAGCAGAUGCUAUUGGACAAUCCUGCGUUCACAGAGGAACCUAACCUCUUAGCAAUGGACAAAGAAGAUGCUUUGAUAGUGUUUGAAGAUCACAUCCGAGAGCUAGAGCGAGAAGAAGAAGAAGACAAGGAACGAGAGAAGAAGCGUUUAAAAAGGCAGCAACGGAAAGUUAGAGAUAAUUUUUGUGUGCUACUUGAUGAACUACACGAGCAAGGCAAGGUUACAUCCAUGUCUCUGUGGGUAGAGUUGUAUCCAAUAAUUAGUGCUGAUAUCCGAUUCUCGGCCAUGUUGGGUCAGCCAGGUUCAACACCUCUAGAUUUAUUCAAAUUUUUUGUCGAGGACUUGAAAUCGCGAUUCCAUGACGAAAAGAAAAUUAUCAAGGAAAUUCUCAAGGAAAAAGGAUUUGAAGUUGAGACAAAUACUUCCUUUGAAGAAUUUGCAACCGUUGUAUGUGAGGACCAGCGCUCAGCAACAUUAGAUGCAGGAAAUGUUAAACUUACUUACAAUGCUCUUUUGGAAAAGGCAGAGGCACGGGACAAGGAGCGGCAGAAAGAGGAGACAAGAAAGCAACGAAAACUAGAAAAUGGGUUCAAGAAUGUUCUGAGGGAGUUCGAUGUUGAUUACAAGACAGAGUGGGAAGAGAUCCGGCCUAAAAUCGAAAAACAAGAUGCUUUCAAAGCGAUUAUUGCUGAGUCUGAAAGAAUCAGAGUCUUCAAGGAGUACCAGCGUGACAUAGAUGAAUCCUGUAACCAUCAUCAUUCUAGGUCAAAGAAAUCAAAACGUAACAAGAAAAAUAGGAAACGGUCAAGAUCACGCUCACAUGGUUCCGGAAGUGACUCAGACCACCACGGACGUAGGCGACGAAGGCGAUCACACAGUUCACACUCCUCGGAUGGUUCGGACUAUCAUCACCGAUCAAGUAGACGUAAGAAGAGUAAGAAGAAGCGAUCUACGCGAGACGAAUCACCGGUCAAGUCUGAUGAGCGUGAAGAUGUAGCAACAAAAAAGAAAGAGGACAAACCGGAAGCCACCGAUAAUCCUCGUGAGCGCUCACCAGAAGUCAGUGAUGAAGAAUUAGAACGACAAAGGGCUGCUCUCUUACAACAACUUCACGAAGAGUCAGAUUGAGGCUCGGCGUGCUUUACUCAUCUACUUGUUUCUUAUUAAGUAAAUUGAAAGCAUGAUGGUGGCAAAAGCAUUCGCUUUCAUUUUGGAUGAUUUCAAUUUCCAUAAAGGAAUAUUAUUCCUUGAAUUUUCUUUUACCUACGGAUAUUAUUUUCUCAGAAUUCAAAAGUGAGUGCAUGAGUGGGAAUCUUAUUUGGCAGUAAUUUUAGGAUUCUUAAAGAAAAGCGGUCCUGCCAUCAUUGUUGCAGCAUGAGCUAGGUCUUUCAGUUCAGCCAUCGAACUUCUUUCAUUGUCCAGUAUUAUUGUUGUCAGUGAAAACUCAGGGGCAAAAACUUGAAGGUUUGAAACACUGAACACUAUCUAAGGAUCUCUCUUUGUGGUCCAUUAGAUAACUGUACCUCUUUUAAAUUUUUGACCCCUAGUCCGUCAGUAAUCUACUACGUUUUAUAAAUUUGAAUAUGAAGAUGGCCACUGAAAGUUAAUUUUAUGUCAAAGAAAUAAUAUAUUCAUGUAAGUAUUUGCAGUAAUUUUGAAUCCCAUUUUCGGACGAAUGUGUCGCCCUCUUUUGUGCUAAAAUGUUUACAUUACCUGUACACGAACUAACUAGGGAAUAAAAUCCUGACUAAUUUUAUGAGGCUGGAAACGAUUGUAACCUCAAGACUUGUUGAUUAGAAGACCACUCUGUCAGUGUCUAAUAGUAGGUGCUGAAUUGAAUAUUUACUGCCUUAGAAAAAUCAGGGGUAUCAAUUUUUAGGCACAGUCUUCUAAUUUUGAAUCUAUUGAUUAGAUUUAUCUUAAAAAUUGGGUCCUUUUGCGUAUUUAGCUUUCCUCUUAAAUUUUAACGUUUGGUCUACAUUGGUGAACUUCUGUGACUAAUGUUGCAUGGCGGACUAAGUAGUUAGUUGAACCAAGUAGACUCAGCUCAAUCGGCGAAGUUGAUUUUUGAAUGUACAAAAGUUUUUCCGAAAUUUGCCGAAGUAGUUCACCUGUGUAGAUAAAGCAUUGCAUGAAACUGGCAUUAGGACAGUUUUUUUUUUUUUUUUUUUUACUGAUUUUGAAGCCUCUAGACACCAUUUGUAUCUCAAGGCAGUUUUUUCAUAUUUUAUCACUUAAUUGGCAUUAGCAAUGCAAAUCCACAAAAAAGGAAUCAAUCAGUCAAUCAAAUACUGAGAGAAAAAUUCUUUGGAAGUUUUUAUCCAUUGAUCGAGUAGAGUUCGUUUUGUAAUAGCUUAAGUCUGAAAAGUGAGCAAUAAAAAAUGCAGACCUGGAGUGAUCUUCCGUCUACCUUUAAGAAAGUCAAAUUUGUUGCCGAAUGAUUUUCGUUUCUGCUGUAAUGUUGUAAAUAUGUUGUAAAUAUUAGUUGAUCGUCAUUUUCACUUUGUACAUUCAUUUGAUUAAAAUAAAUGGAGGAAACCUCCUCAGGCCUGUUCUUUUA